GUCUCUGAAGGUGCUGAAUGCCUGGGCGUUGUGGCUCCAAGUGGUAUGCACUGGAGACCUGGGGAACUGGGUUAGGGCUGGCACAGUCAUACUGUCCUGGAGGAGGUGCAGAGGGAGGGCGGGAAGGCCUCCAGCCCCAUCUUCUCCACAGGAUCCACCUGAUGGCCGGCCGAGUACCGCAGGGGGUUGAUCGAGCAGCAGUCAAGGGUGAGAUGGAGAUGGUUUUUCUGGAGAACCUGAGGCACGCAGCUGGGGUUUUGGCUCAGGAGAACCUCGUGGGACUGCUGGAGCCCAUUAACACCCGCAUCACGGACCCCCGGUACUUCUUGGAUACGCCCCGGCAGGCGGCUGCCAUCUUACAGAAGGUAGGGAGGCCCAACCUCCAAUUACAAAUGGACAUAUUCCACUGGCAGAUCAUGGAUGGGAACAUGACAGGAAACAUCCGGGAGUUCCUGCCCAUUGUUGGACAUGUGCAGGUGGCACAGGUCCCUGGCCGAGGGGAACCCAGCAGCCCUGGAGAGCUGAACUUCCCCUAUCUAUUUCAACUGCUGGAGGAUGAAGGCUACAAAGGCUUUGUGGGUUGCGAGUAUCGGCCUCAAGGAGAAACAGUAGCGGGCUUGAGUUGGCUACGUUCAUACCAGGACAGGUGGGGCCACCCAUAGUGAAGGCCUGGACACUACCCAUGUGCCUCUGAGACAGUGAGUGAACAUCCUGAGUCUCCUCUGAAUUAAAGACCAUCUGC